GUGCCAUCGGGAAAAGACAAUGUCAUAGGCGCGCAGAGGAGACACAUCAGAACCCCUGAGGCGCAGCACCUGAAGACCUGGGCUGACAGAGAGACUGCGCACACAGAGGACACGGAGAAAGUGUCCAAAUCCUGUCUGUAUUGAAACGACUCGCAGCCCCUCAUGUGAGGGUGUAGAAUGGAAACACCUCUCCACCCGUUCCCCGUGGUGAACAGCAUCUAGAGCACGAUGAUGAAGAAGGAGAUCAGCCUGAACCAGGAGGAUCAGAACUCAGAACUGAAGCCGAACCCGCUGCGGGACACGGGUGGGAUUAUAAACUCGCAGGAUUUGGGACUCCUAAAACUCGCCUCUCCGGACCUGGAGCGUCUCAUUAUUCAGUCUCACCCAAACUCUCAGUUCAUGUUCCCGAAGUCAGCCAGUGAGGAGCAGGAAUUCGCGGAAGGCUUUGUCAAGGCGCUUGAGGACCUUCACAAGCAGAACCAGCUGAACGACGCAGGGUGCGUGUCCGUGGACCGACUGGAGCUCCUCGGAUCCCCCAGCACCGCCGGAUCCACGGGGCUCCAGCCGUCGGACCUCCCCGUCUACACCACCCUGAACGGCUACGCCGCGGCUCCGCUGGGCGCCGCCGCCAUUAACUACUCCACGGACACCAUCUCCUUCCCGCCACCGCCUCCCCACGCGGCCAGCGCGCAGCAGCAGGCGGCCGCCGCGGCGGCGCUGUCGCGGCUCCAGCAGUCCGUCAGCGCGAUGAAGGACGAGCCGCAGACCGUCCCGGACAUGCAGUGCUGCGGGGACAGUCCUCCACUGUCCCCCAUCGACAUGGACAACCAGGAGCGCAUCAAGGCGGAGCGGAAAAAGCUGCGGAACCGGAUAGCCGCUUCGAAGUGUCGCAAGAGGAAGCUGGAGAGGAUCUCCAGGCUGGAGGAGAAGGUCAAAACCCUGAAGACGCAAAACACCGAGCUGGCCUCCACUGCCAGCGUGCUGCGGGAGCAAGUGGCCCAGCUGAAGCAGAAGGUGAUGAGCCAUGUCAGCAGCGGAUGCCAGCUUUUACCAAACCAGGUGCAGGCGUACUGACGCUCCUAUAAUCACCAACAUUCAUUUCCUGUAACUACGGAUCUUACCACAGACUUAAGGUGAGGCCGUUAUUGCGCAUGCCCACAGAUCUUGACAAACCAAACUUGCACGGCGACCGACAUGAACUAUCACCUGGAAACGAAGCAGGUGUGGAUCCCAGACCGCCUGGAUCCAACAGGAAGCGACUGUUCAGCCAGCCGUGCAACAGACCACCAGCAGACCACCAGCCAGGGUCUCACCAAGUGCUCUCAAUACAAUGUCAUAGAAUAUCUUACCUGUUUACAAACACUUAAUAAUGAUAACUAUAUUUUAUGUACUGAAACAUUUAGUCUUAUUUCCAUCUUCUUUAUUCGGUAAGCAGAAGCCCUGUCAUUGUUGAAUAUGUUGUCAGUCAUCAUUGUUUUGCUCACUGCAGGGUUUGCUGCUCAGCUCUAAAGUCGCCAUACUUUUAUGAAUGUAUGAAUGUGUAUGAACUGAGAACGUCUGUAUACAUGUGUACUGGACCAGCGUCCGUCUGACAUCUAUUAAAUUCACUACAUUAUUUAACCUCAA